CGCUGACCCUAAACCGCUUGCUUGCCCGGCGGGUAGCAGAACCACCACAGUUCCCGCCGACUCCAACUUCCACCAUCUGAGCCCAAGCGACAUGGCGGCGCCAUCUAAGGCCGAGAACCUGUCCCUGGUGGUGCACGGCCCCGGGGACCUUCGCCUGGAGAACUACCCCAUCCCAGAACCCGGCCCAAACGAGGUGCUGGUGCGGAUGCACUCCGUCGGGAUCUGCGGCUCCGAUGUCCACUACUGGCAGCACGGGCGGAUUGGGGAUUUCGUCGUGAGGAAGCCCAUGGUGCUGGGGCACGAAGCUGCAGGGACGGUUGUGAAAGUGGGGUCGUCAGUGACCCACCUGAAACCAGGUGACCGUGUCGCCAUCGAACCUGGGGCUCCCAGAGAAUCAGAUGAAUUCUGCAAGGUCGGCCGGUACAACCUGUCACCAACCAUCUUCUUCUGCGCCACGCCCCCCGAUGAUGGGAACCUCUGCCGAUUCUACAAGCACAACGCUAACUUCUGCUACAAGCUCCCUGACAGUGUCACCUUUGAGGAAGGGGCCCUCAUCGAGCCGCUCUCCGUGGGGAUCCAUGCCUGCAGGCGCGGCGGGGUCUCCCUAGGAAACAAGGUCUUGGUGUGCGGCGCUGGGCCUGUCGGGCUGGUCACCUUGAUCGUGGCUAAGGCAAUGGGCGCAUCGGCAGUGGUGGUGACUGACCUGUCCGCCUCUCGGCUGUCCAAAGCCAAGGAGGUCGGGGCCGACUUCGUCCUCCAGAUCUCCCAGGAGAGCCCCCAGGAAAUUGCCCGCAAGGUGGAAGAGCUGCUGGGGUGCAAGCCGGAAGCCACCAUCGAGUGCACUGGGGCAGAGAGCGCCAUCCAGGCGGGCAUCUAUGUGAGUGUGGGGUGCGGGUGGGGGACGCCCUCGGCCGGGCUUCCUUCUGUCCUGGGAGACAUUGGCACCCUCACUGGGUCAUCUGGCUGAGGUGUCAGCCCAAUU